AAAUGGCUGCAAACACCUGAUCUUCCAAAAGAAAUAUACAAGCACCUUGCCUACUAUGUACCCAAAAUUUACUGUAGGGGUCCUAAUCCAGCCCCACAAAGCGAAGAUUUGCUUGCGCAACAGGUUUUGCUGGGACCAAUGGAAUGGUACCUAUGCGGUGAAGACCCUGCAUUUGGCUUUCAGAAACUUGAGCAAUCCAACAAACCUUCACAUCUUUGUGGUCGGGUGUUUAAAGUUGGCGAGCCUACAUACUCUUGCAGAGAUUGUGCUGUUGAUCCAACUUGCGUGCUUUGCAUGGAAUGUUUCCUGGGAAGUGUUCACAGAGAGCAUCGAUACAGGAUGACAACAUCUGGUGGAGGAGGUUUCUGUGACUGUGGCGAUACUGAAGCUUGGAAAGAAGGUCCAUACUGCCAGAAGCAUGAACAUAACACUUCAGAAACAGAAGAAGAGGAGGAUCCUCUUGUGCAUCUGACAGAAGAUAUGAUAGCAAAAGUUUACAAUAUUUUUGCUAUCAUGUUUCAGUAUGCUGUAGAUAUUUUAACAUGGGAAAAAGAAAACGAUUUACCACCUGGUUUAGAGACAGUUGAGAAGACGGAUACUUACUUCUGCAUGCUUUUUAACGAUGAAGUUCACACAUACGAACAGGUUAUUUACACUCUUCAAAAAGCUGUCAAUUGCACACAAAAGGAAGCCAUUGGUUUCGCAACAACUGUAGACAGAGAUGGACGCAGGUCAGUUCGCUAUGGAGACUUUCAGUACUGUGACCAAGCCAAAUCAGUGAUAGUGAGAAGUACCAGUCGCCAGACUAAGCCGCUGAAGGUUCAAGUUAUGCAUUCAUCUAUUGUUGCCCAUCAGAGUUUUGGUUUGAAGCUUCUAACUUGGCUUGGCAAUAUUAUUGGAUAUUCAGAUGGCCUUCGAAGAAUAUUGUGUCAAGUUGGCUUACAGGAGGGACCAGAAGGAGAAAACUCUUCUCUUGUGGAUAAACUAAUGCUGUCCGAUUCUAAGCUCUGGAAAGGAGCUAGAAGUGUGUACCAUCAGUUAUUCAUGAGCAGCCUACUUAUGGAUUUGAAGUACAAGAAGCUCUUUGCUAUCCGAUUUGCAAGGAAUUAUGAGCGAUUGCAGAAUGAUUAUGUGAAAGAUGACCACGACAGAGAGUACUCAAUUGCUGACCUUUCGGUACAGAUAUUCACAGUGCCUUCACUUGUAAGUACUUAAAUGCUGACUGAAACUCUCUUUGCCCCAACUCCCACUCAGAUCUAACAUUAAUGAUUUGUUAUUGUUUUAUACACAGGUAAUCGGUCUUGCAUAGUUUCAUGGAUAAAAUACAGAUCUCUACCCACAAGGAGAUUACAGUCCAAAAUAGGCAAUGGAGG